UCGGCGGUGCGAGAGGCGGCUCAGGGUGGUUGGGAAUUCGGGGGGAGAUGAGUCAGGCCGAGAGCACCCCAAGGGGCUGGGAUGCGGGGGGAGACUGACGGAGAGAGAGGGGCGGCUGCGGCGCUUGUCCCCCCGGCUCUGCGGGCAGCGGGAGUUCUGCAGGGAGACCGGGACCGCACCGGGACGCGAACCCGGAGCAAGGCUGGGGCGGAUGGGGAGCCCCCCGGGCAGGGUGCCCGUCAGUCACACCAAGGCGCAGGGCAGGCUCGGCAGCACAAAGCCCUAGUGCCCCCUGGCCCGCCCGGGGCUGCAUCGCCAGUUCGCGCCUGCCCGCCCGCGCCAAGUCCCAGCGCCUGCGCGGCCGCUCCCUCGCUCUCGGCCCAAGCUCCGCCCGCCACAGCAGCUCCUAAAAUGUCGGCUGCUGCUGGGCCCUUAUCGCCCGCCCGGCCGGGCGCGGCCCGUCUGGCGCCGCAGAUUAGCGCUGUUUGCCUCUCGGCGCACCCUGCCGGCCCCGCGCCCCAACAACGCUCAAACUGCCCCCAGCCCAUCCAGCAGCACCAGGGCAAUCAACCCCCAGCCCUUUGUGAACUGCCCUCAUCUUCCGCAGCUGCGGGGAAGUCAACGUUUGUCAGGCUGCUGGAGAAACACAGCGAUGAGUGGGAGAUCAUCCCCGAGCCCAUCGCUAAGUGGUGCAACAUCCAGACAGCCGACGAUGAAUAUGAGGAACUUUCAACAUCUCAGAAGAGCGGGGGAAACUUACUUCAAAUGCUGUAUGACAAACCAACAAGAUGGGCUUACACAUUUCAGACUUAUGCUUGCUUGAGCCGAGUAAAAGCACAAUUAAAACCUGUCUCAGCCAAGCUACAUGAAGCAGAACAUCCGGUGCAAUUUUUUGAGAGAUCUGUGUACAGUGACAGAUAUGUGUUUGCUUCUAACCUGUUCGAGUCUGGAAACAUUAAUGAAACAGAGUGGUCUAUUUAUCAGGACUGGCACACAUGGCUUUUGAAUCAGUUUCAAUCAGAUACAGAGCUGGAUGGCAUGAUCUAUCUCAGAACCACACCUCAGAAAUGCAUGGAAAGGCUACAGAUCAGAGGAAGAGAAGAGGAGCAAGGAAUUGAGCUUGAGUAUUUGGAAAACCUGCACUAUAAACAUGAAAGCUGGCUUUAUGAAAGGACUAUGAGAGUUGAUUUUCAGAACAUUAAGGAGAUUCCUAUUCUGGUUUUGGAUGUUAAUAAGGAUUUUAAGAACGAUAAAAUUAAACAAGAGUACCUGAUUGAUAAGGUAAGGAUCAAGUAUUGGGGGAGUUGUAUCUGCUUUUCUCCUGCAGUUAUCAUGCAAGCAGUAACAUUUCCAAAGAUAGUUGGGACGGAGAGGAAGUGACCAUUUGAGGAGACUAGGUGGUAAUAAACAAGUCACUUCAGUCAAAAUGGUGUUUACCAGUUCCAAGGAAUGGCAAGACUUGGGAAGUAAAUGCCGGAAAUUCUGGUGGAGUUGUUUAGCCAGUCCAUGGGAAAAAAACCCCUCCACCUAAUACCUAAGAGCACAAGGAAGUGCUGUCCUAGUAAACCCUAUAAACCCUUUUCUUCAUCUUGUUCUGGGUCAUCCAUUUGAGAUUACUCAAGAAUGACUCCUAUAAGCCAAGACUAAUUCCCUCAAUUAAACAGCUCUAAAUAAACUGGGAAGAGGAACACAAUGAUCAAUUGUGGAGGUAUUUGUCAUUACAUCUUCACAGAAAUCAGCAAUUAAUUUUGAACAGGCACUCAGAUAUACUGUCUUCUACCUUGCCCCUCUGGAAGCCCACAUGUAUUUCAGGUCAUAAAUUAAAUGUAGGGGCAAAACAUCACUGGAAAACUAUAGCAACAGACAAUUUAUUCCCAAAUAAAGGGAAAAGCUGGGUACUUUAGCUUUUAAUGCACCGAAUAAUAUAGAUGUUUUUGUUCUGUUUUGUUUUUU